AUGGAACGGGAAGAGCAUAUACAACGCUAUUUAAUUUCAUCGCAGCCGCCAUAUGAUAACUACUACAAUAUUUCCAAGGCUGUUUAUCCGUCUGUGGAUUUGCCUUCUUUGCUGAUCAAGAUCACUGUUACUUUCCUAAAUGGCAGCGACAAUCUCACUCAUUUAGCCGCAUCGUCCCGAUCUCCGAUCAAUGGUAGUACUUCCAGUAUCUCACAGACAGGGGAAAGUUUCCGCGAAACUACAGAAACGAAGAUCGCGACAUACAAGUUCACGUGGAGUGCAUCCUGUUUGUAUGUCAGUGGAGGAAGCAUAAGCUUGGCUUCCAUGAAUGCGUUUUCUUUGUGGGCUAUUUAUCCAAACAGGCGAGAAAGACAGCUACACUUAACAUUGCCACAGUUCUGUAGGGGAUUUUCUGCUGACACCAUGAUCUACUUCCUUUCCACGGUAGGACUUUUAGCCAUUUCAUUACUGUUAACUGAUCAUCAUCAUCAUCAUCAUCACAAACAACAUCAUCAUCAUCAUCAUCAUUAUCAUUAAGGACUGGAGGAACAUACUGAGGCGCAAUCAAGGAAGCAGUGAUUCCCCCUUUUGUUUUAACUGAUUUUCUUCUGCAUUUCCCUUGAGUGUUCUCCUGGAGAUGGUGAUAAGAUGUCUUUCCCCUCACCUGACCCCUGUCUAGCUAACUUGCCUUCUCAAAAAUAGCUGAUAAGGAUAUAGCUUACCCUUCCAAAUUAUUCAGUUCAUAAUUAACAAUUAUUGGACGAGGUUGAGCAAAAUAUCAUGAUUUGUCAGUGGUGAGCAGAUCAAUAGACCAUUUUACAGUUAUCAGCUUAGUACCUUAGCCUCUGAGUGAAUUUGGGGCUGAGGUUGACCUUGUUUCGAUACAAACCUUUCUUCUUUUGUUAUGAAAAUUAUGCUAAAAAUACUAGUUAGCAAAAGAACACCUUACAUUAACAUAGUAAAGGAGGAACGGUUGUAUCAAAACAAGGAAACUGCAGCCUCAUUUCCACUUGUAUAGUAACUGUACUAGUAAUAGUUGACACUACAGCUGCCCCCCCUCUGUAUAUUGUCGGUCAAUAGUAUUCUUGCUCGUUGUGUAGCUCUUUGAAAUAUACCGAUUCAUAAUGAGGAUUUUCACACAUAUUCCAUACAAUAGGUGAGAUAAAUACAGGAAACGCAAGGUUUCAUGCACAGUUUUGGUUCGAUUUACACAGGUUUGAUCAAAACAUUCUCAGUUUCGAGAAUAGUUUAUUCUAAACCAUAAGAAAAGAUUUAAUUAGAGGUUGAAUUUUUUGCUAUUUCUCUUUCACUUUUUCCAUUCAGUUCAUUUUAUUUGACAGAAAGUAAGCCUUAGAAAUUAAAAGGACAUUUGAUCAAUUCACGCUCGUACACUCUAGUCUUAUUUUAACCUUUGUAGCAGAAGGACUUCUGUGAUCAAGGAAUAAGUCAGCACAUAAUUUGUUUGUUGUUCACUCAUCUUGCUUGUUUGGGGCUGAGUCUUAUUCCGGUCAAAAAGAGAGAAAGAGUGUCGGGCAAGGUUUCCAACCAAAGAUAUGUGAACUCAUGUCUGGCAAACUCUCCAAGUGUUUAUAUAUACAUAGUUAUACACACCGUAUAACUUCAUCUGGGCGUAACAAGUGUCUUUUGGUCCAUAACUUUCACAACAACUGCUCCCAGAAUGUCACUGAUAAAACGUAACGCAAAAGUGUAUUGAAGUAUGACUGCACAAUAAUUGUCACAAAAUCUAGCUAAGCGGUCUCUUCGGGAUUUUCUGUCUUUACGUCAUCCUAACCAUUUCGUACUUGCGGGCACAAACAAUAGAAACGUCAUCAUUACCUACCGGUUCCUCGCGGCCCCUGUUCAAGCAAAUCAAGAUUUUUUGGCGUAUUGACUGUAUAUUUCAACUGUAAGUACUUUCCUUAAUAUACGUGCAAGUUACCAGAGUGCCUCCUCGGGAUUUCAUCUUCUGGGCGAAAUCCCCACGGGAGCAAAAAUGGACUGUUAUUUGCCGAAACCAAAGGCUAAGACAAAUAACUGAUCUGGGAGACACUGACAAAUCACGAUAUUUUGCAAUAACUGAGUUCAAUAAUAUUGUUUUAUAAUUCAGUGACCAAGUUUGUUUUUUGAUAAAUAUCUUCGGGAAGCUGCCAUUUUCAUGCAAGAGUUAUCGCAAAAAGGAGAAAAGUGCGGUUUCUUUUACACAUGAGCAGAAUGUUAUUUGCAGCCAAACACAAUUGCACAACAUAAUUGCACAUGAGCAGACCAUUAUUUGUAGGCAGUUAUUUGCAGGUCACAUGGUGGGCUCUCGGCCAAUGAAAAGGAAGAAAAUUUGCUUCGAAUGAUAGUGUAAUAUAGUAUUCAUUUUCAAAUCAUAAAUUUGUCUCAGUAAAUGCCUUCAAAAAACAAAAAGGUAACUAAAAUAUUAUUGACACUGGACCAGGUGUUCUUUGUCUGGGAACAUAGAAUAUUGAGCCUCGCUAUGUGUACCAAUGGAUGUCGUUUUCGUUGCACAGCCAAUCAGAAGCAGUUUUCCCAGAUCUUGGUUAUGACAUGUCAUCAGUAAGAAAUUUCUGUUGUUGUUCCUCAGUGAUCAUUUCACAAGGAAACCAGUGGUGGGGUCCUGACAAUAGAGAGAUUUAGAGUCACGUUUACAGCAAACAGCAAACAUUUGUAUUGACUUUAUUGCUUUACAUGCUUUCUGUUCAUUAUUUCUAACCCACAACUAUUAGCUUCAUGUUAGUCUUGUUAAUCACAGUAAUAUUUUUUGGCUGUUUUGAGCUUGUCAUUUUCUGUUUUGUGAAAUUCUCAACCUGAAUCUGAUGUUUGCUGUUUGCCAUAAACAUCACUCAAACCUUUCUAAAUAAUAUCAGUAUGAAAUUCCUUAUUUUUGAGGGAAAAAAGGAUAUUGGGGGUAACAAUAAUAACAAUAAAUACAUUUUUAUAUGGCGCAUGUACAAAGCUCAAUUGUAGUAGGAAAACUGUGGAGGUCAUUGUUUAUUUUUCUCCAUAACAUAUGAUUUUAUGACGGUGAUUCCAUGUUACGGACAUUACGUUCAGAUACUAAAAUUAAUAUUUUGAAACCCCAAUUUAGAUGUCAAAAUGUUCAUUAAGGGUGUUCAAACAUAUCUAGAAAGUCUUUUUAGUGUUCCCUUUGUACCUAAUAAAAAGAUGCUUUGGUUAGCUCUUAAGACCUUGAAGGUAUGAGUUGAAGAAAGUGUGUUGCAGACAUUACAGUGUAAACAACCACUUUUUAAAGUAACUUUCUUUAAAGAGAUUUUCCUGUGAAUUUUUAACCUUGAGCAGAAAAUAAUUGUGCCUUCAAAACAUAACAAUAAUUAGAAUUUUCAACUGUCAAAAAAAAAUUCCAUGCAACCUUGUUCCUGUGAUUCUACAAACAAAAGUUUGCGUUGCGGACAUUACACAAAAUUGUUGCGGACAUUACAUUUUUGGGAACACAUUUCUUAUCAUUCUCUUCCUAGUCAGUGUUGCUGACUGUGGCUAUGUCCAUUUGUUCUGUAGUUACUUGUCUAAAAAUGAAGCUGUGAAAUUAUCAUUUACUUUAUUUAUGUUCUAUUAUAAUAUUAUAUAAUCUCCUGCUGAGACCUAGUAUCAUGCAAUACCAGUCAGAUUUUUUUCUGCUACACUGACUCCUUAAAAUAAUUUCCAAAUUAAUUUUAUUACAUCUCAAGUAAAUGUUCUGAGAAAAAAGUGUUCUCAGUAGUGAGGAUAUUAUUUUGUUUUUUACAAAACUGAUUUGGCUACUGAAAUUAUCAUAUUUUGUCAUUCAGUCUGACUUAAAGAUAGAUAAAAUGUAAAUUUGCACUAAAAUUGCACAUUGUUCACUACACAUUAUAUUACAAAUUCUUGUUAAAAAAAUAAUACCCAUUCAAGUUUAUGGAAGAAACAAUGAUGGUUAGAGCUUUUCCUCAAAAGCAUGCUUACAAACUGUUCUGAGCAUGCUCAGCAGUACAAAACCCCUGACCAGCUACUCAUUGGCCAUUUUGGAGUUGCAUAGGGAACUGGGGCAAGUUUCAAAUUUAAACUAAUCGAUAAACUGACACCACCAUAUAAAAGGUCAUGUUGAGAUUGGUUGGUUGAGCAGGUUUGGUGCUCUAAAGUUGAACAGGGAUCAAGUUAUGACUCUUGAAACACAGUUAAAGAUCCAUACAAAUGUCACUCUGUAAUUUUGUGACAGCGUCCCCCAAAACCAUAAUUAUAAACUCUUUAAAAUAUUUUUCUGUUUUUCUGUUAAGGUACUGGAAAAUUCGUCAUGCAUCUAUACUACUUUAUGGAAGGAACUAAUUUGAAAAUCACUAUGUUUGCCCAUUUUCAAGAAUAUCACACAAAUCGUAAAUUAUUUAGAAUGUUUUUAAUAGUUUGUAAAUUAAAUUCAUUGGACAUUUUACGGAAAAGCUACCAGCUCUUUUUAAUUUGCCACUUACAUUUGUACAUCAAUAAAAAGCAAUUUAGUGUUACGUGGGCUGUUGUCUGAAUCUAAUUCAGAGAUAGUAAGAAGUAAAUAUCCCCAACAGCCUGAAUAAAUGAAAAAUUUAACAUGUGUAAUGUCCGCAACGUAAUGUCCGCAACACUUUUCAACGUAUAAUUUCUGAGCAAAGAAAACCCACCCAGGAAAUGUUUUGAGAUUAAAAUAGAGUAUACAUCAGACUAACUGAGCAGCAUCAAUAGCACAUGAGAAUACAGCACACUGUGUACAGGAACUGAAAAAAGGUACCUUCACGUUGCAGACAUUACGUAAUGUCCGCAACAAAAAUUCAAUGUCAAUUUUCUUGGGAAAGUGCCAGUAGCUGGAUAAUAAUUUAUAGCCUAAUGAUAGUGUAAGGCAAAGGUUAUAAUACACACAUACUUUUAUGUUAACUGUAUGUUUUCUUAGAUGUUAAAACUUUGUUUAAAAUUUCCUUCCAAAAAUUCCAAAUAUAAUGAGAUUCAAAUUCUCUGGAUUUCGUGCCUUCUCACAUUAAGCACAUGGACAAGACGCACAAGAUCUCAGUAAUUUCAAACAGACCAUUGUUUCAGCUUUCUGUUGGUUAAGUUUCAUUGUGCAAAAUUUUAUUUUAAAAAAUUCAAAAUUUCAUUGUCUCGUGUGGAAUUGCCCAUGAGCAGAAAUUAUCAUGGGCUUUUCCAGUCCCUGCAUGGUUUUGAGCAGGGCGGUGUGAUAAGCAUUAGCAGUGGCAGUAAUAAUAGCAGUGCCAAUAUCAGUAGCAGCAGUAGUAGCAUCAACCUCAUUCCCAGGGUUUUCUUCUACAGUCAAACCCCGCUUUAUGGACACCCACUUAAUAUGGACACCUUGUUAUUAUGGACAGUUUGCUAAUUGUCUCUGGGGAAAGAAAGACCUUACAUUUUCUCUAAAUUCAACCCACAUUAUGUGGACACCCCGUUAAUACCGACACUUUCUGUCCGUAUUAACGGUGUUUGACUGUACUUGUCGCCCAAAGUGCAAGGGAGAGAUGGUCUCUCUCUCUCUCACACACACACACACACACACUCGAGGGGAUGAUUAGGAGAGAACCAGAGAAUACUGGGAGUGAAGUUAUGUAGCAGCAACAGCAGAAGUUGCUGCAGCAUCAGCAGUAGUAGUGGCAGCAAUACAGUUAGAAGAGUAGAAGCAGGGGCAGCAGUAGCCGUGCUUUCAGUAUCAUUAGUAGCAGCAGCAAAUUAAAGCAACAGCAGUAGUCAAUAAGUAGCAGUAGCAGCACAGUGGGAGGAAGAGCAGCCACAGCAGCAGAAGCAGCAGUAGUAAUAGUAGUUGUCAUCGUUUAGGGUUUGUCGCUUUUUUAUGCGACUUUAGGCAACUUUUUGAGAGUGUUUUGUUUUAGUAGUUCCGUUCUUGCUUUGAUUUGUAGUUGCAGGACAUAGCAGUAUUGCCACAUCUUCCUGAUCCAAGUCUGAACACAGUAGAGUGUGUUACCAUGGGUCAUGGUAAAGCUCCAGCUUUUUCUGAUUGGAAGAACCUGCUUCAUAAAGUGUGUUGGUACAUUCUGUCGAUUAGUUUGAUAUUCAGUCAAGUUGCUUCACAGUGGCUUGUAGUGCAGCUAAAAGAGUGGAACAAGAAAAAAAAUUACAGCAAAGUUGCAGCAGUAAUGUUGUUAUCCUUAGUUGUUUUUAUUUCGGGACUCUACUUAAUUUAUUAUGCCUGGAAACGUUCCGGCAACACUGAGAAAUAUGCACUGGUAUUCUUUAUAUGUGUAAUGGUUGUAUUGGUUCGGAGGGCAGUUUGGUGUUUGGGACGUAUCUGUUGGGAUAAUAAUUUUGAUAAUUUAUGCUGGUUGAGCUUGGUAAAGGGCCAUGAGAAUGACCCAAGCACAAAUGUUAUUUCUUUCUUCAUCCUUUACCCAGCAAUAUUUAUGACAUGCCAUCAUUUGUUGUGGAUAUUGCUAGGCGUUAUAACAGAACCAUUUUGGGGGGUUUCAGUUUUAGUGGCUGUCAUUUCUGUUUCCGCCGUUCUCAUUUUCUUUUCAUAUGAUUUCUACGACUUUUAUCUUUCCCAUGAAGCUACGUGCAGUUGUGGUAGAUGCCGUUCUGAACCAAAAAAUUGUAAGAAGUGGUUUCCGUUUGCGAUGUCUUUAAUUCUUGUUCUAGGGAGUUGCGCUGCAUUUGUACUGUUGAUAAUUGUUCUGUUAGUAGUUGCACAGUCGUUCCUUAGUGAGAGCCUUGUUUCCACGUUAGUUCAAAAUGGUUUGGUGAUUUUCUCAACUGUGUGGCUUGGCUAUCUGAAGCUACAUCAAGCAAAAGAAACAGCAGAAACCGGGAACGGUGGGAAUCAUGUUAAUGCAGGAAAUUCGAACCAGUCAGGUCAACCCGGUUAUGAACUUGUAGGUGUUCAAGGGCAAGAGAGACCUUAA